AUGGUCGCCUUCAAAGCCGCAACAGCGUUCACCCUCCUCUUCGCCCUGCAGGCCCUCGCCGUGAGCCCAGACUCGUACGGCUCCACCAAGGUGCGCUCUGCAAAGAAUGAGCAGCGCCAGGCCGCGCAGAAGCCUCCAGUCCUCCAGCCACAGCCCAGCCAGAUCCCAGAUCCCACCCUGGCCGCUGGCAACGGCAACGGCAAGAACCAGCAGUUCAUCACCGGCCAGUGUACCGACUCUACCGACUGCGGUGCCCAGCAGUCCGACCUGACCAAGGUCUGCUGCGCCUCUGUCGUCGACCAGGCCACCGGCAAGACGGUCGGCACAUGCUCCGGCUCCGCAGUUGGCAACGCUGCCCCUAAGCUCGGAUGCGGCUUCGGUGACGGCAAGGCGAACUCCGGCGCGGGCGCCGCCCAGGCCUCGGCCGGCGGUGCUGCGAGUGGCGGCAGCGCGACCAACACCGCCUCUGGCUCCGCAAGCUCUGGCACCGCGUCCAGCGGCAGCGCAGGUGCCGCUUCUGGUGGUACUUGCCCUCCUAAGUCCACGAACGACAGCCUUGGGCCUGGCAACAUUGGCGUCGCUGGCAAGCAGUUUGUCACCGGCCAGUGCACCAGUGACGCCAACUGCGCUUCCAACUGCUGCGUCCUCGGUGGUGGCACUGACAAGUCUAUUGCUGUCUGCCGUAACGAGCCUGCUCUGAAGCCCACCGAGAAGUGUGGGUUCUCAUGCACCGCUUAA